UAUCACCUUUCCAGUUAUGAGUUUCUCAUUUCUGUAGCAUCCUGCUGGUUUUCUAUUUAGAGUAGACCUUUCAAUAUUUCUUUUAGCAUGGGUUUAGUGUUGCUAAACUCUUUUAGUUUUUGAUUGUGAAAUUCUUUAUCUCUCCUUCUAUCCUGCAGGAUAGCCUUGCUGUAUAGAGUAUCCUAGGCUGCAUCUUUUUUCAUUCAGGACUUUGAAUAUAUCUUGCCACUCCCUUCUGGCCUGUAGUGUUUGUGUAGAGAAAUCAGCUGAGAGCCUUAUGGGGGUUCCCUUGUAACUCACUCUUUGCUUUUCUCUUGCUGCCUUUAUGAUCAUUUCUUUAUCCUUGACUCUGGCUAUCUUGAUUAUGAUAUGUCUUGGUGUGGGUCUGUUUGGGUUCUUCCUGUUUGGAACCAUUUGAACUUCCUGUACUUGGAUAUCUGAUUCCUUCUUCAAGUUUGGGAAGUUUUCAGUCAUGAUUUCUUCAAAAACCUUUUCAAUCCCCUUUGAUCUUUCUUCCCCUUCUGGGACCCCUAUUAUGCGAAGAUUGGCAUGCUUUAUAGGUGCCUUAUGUUGCUUUCAUUUGUUUUUAUUUGUUUAUCUUGCAGUUGUUCUGAUUGGGUGCUUUCUGUUGUCCUGUCUUCUAGGUCACUAAUUCGUUCCUCUGCAUUAUCUAGUCUGCUUUCCACAGCCUUUAGAUCCAUUCUCAUCUCAGCCAAUGAGUUUACUAAUUCUACUUGGCUCUUCUUUAUAGCUUUGAUUUCAUUUUUGACAUAUUUUAUAUCUCUAAACACUAUCUCUUUUAGUUCCUUCAAUACUUUGAUCACUCCUAUUUUGAAAUCUUGAUCUAGUAGGCUAUCGAUGUCUAUUUCAUUGAUCAUUCUUUCAGGGGUUUUCUCUUGUUCUUUUAAUUGGGAAUGGUUUUUCUGCUUCUUCAUCUUGCUCAUAUCUUUCUGGCACUGUGGCUUAUGAGUAUCAGUUAUCUAUUGUGGUCCUUAAAGGAGUUCAUUUAUCUAAUGCCUAUGUAGGAAUAAAACUUAAAAAAUUAAUAAAGGAGAGAGAGAAAAAAAGAAUUUUAAAAGAAGGGAGAAAAAAAGGUUUGAAAACAGUGUAUAAUCAAUUAUAGAAGCGCAAUUUGAAUCAGACUAGCAUUUGAGUUGAGACAUCUUUUUAAAAAACCCUUAGAAAAAAGGAAAAAAGAUCAAAAAAUGAUAUUUCAAAUCUAUUUAUAAUCAAUAACAGGAGAUCAAAACCAAAAGAAAUGAAAUGAAAUCAGGUGGAUUUCUUAAAAAAUAAUAAUAAUAUAAUUACUUUAAAAGAAAAAUUUAAAAAGGAAUUAAAACUAGAAGCAUAUACAACUGUUUAGAAAGUAGAAAUUAAAAAGUUAGUAGAAAAUAGAACAGAUAAAAGAAGAUAAAGAGAAUUUUAAGAGAAGGGAGAAAAAAAGGUUUGAAAACAGUGUAUAAUCAAUUAUAGAAGAGCAAUUUGAAUCAGACUAGCAUUUGAGUUGAGACGUCUUUUUAAAAACCCUUUUUAAAAAAAGGAAAAAGAUCAAAAAUGGUAUUUGAAACCUAUUUAUAAUCAAUAACAGGAGAUCAAACCCAAAAGAAAUGAAAAUGAAAUCAGGUGGAUUUUUUAAAACAUAACUAUAACUACUUUAAAAGAACAAUUUAAAAAAUUAAAACUAGAAGCAUAUACAAUUGUUUAGAAUGUAGAAAUUAAAGAGGUAGUAAAAAAUAGAACAGAUUAAAAGAUACGAUAGAGAAUUUUGAAAAAGGGGAGAAAAGAAAGGUUUGAAAACAGCGUAUAAUGAAUAAUUGAAGAGCAAGUUGAAGCAGAAUAGCAAUCUUGUUGAGAUGUAUCUUAAAAGCCUUUAAAAAGGGGGAAAAGAGAAAAAAAUAUAUUUGAAACCUGUGUAUAAUCAAUAACAGGAGAUCAAAACCAAGAGAGAGAAAAAUGAUAUGCUGUGGAUUUUUUAAAAUAAUCAUAAUAUUAUUUUAAAAGAAAAAUUUUAAAGGGAUUAAAAUUGGGAGGGUAUGUAACUGUUUAAAAAGUAAAAGUUAAAAAGGUAAUAGAAAAUACAACAGGUAAAAACAGACUUAAAAACGGGGUGGUGUUCUCCUGGAGACUGUGUGCUCAUAAUGAGAAGCCUUUGUGUCUUCGCCCUGUUUCGGAACUCAGCUUUCUAGAAGCCUUUCAUUGGCGCCGUAGUCUGUGCUGCUCCCAGUGCCUGUCAGCAAGCAGAUCGUGCCGCCCCUCCCAGCACAGCGUUCCUGCCAGAAAGGCGAGGGGCCACUCACCGUCCCCUGGCACUGGUGGCUCCGCCCCGGGGCGGCGCUCCGCAGGCGGGCCUUGGGAAGCCCGCGGAACAGCCCCGCCCCUUCUCCGUGUCCAAACUCAGCUCCUUGUUUGUCCUGGCGGCGUGAACUUUGCGAGGCACCAGGGUGGAAGGAUCCUGUCUGACUUGGGCUGCAAACAAGUAACUGUCUGGCCUUUGAAGCUGCCAAACCCCCAGGCGUGGAUUCAGGUUUCGCCCCCGCCCCCACCUGGGUGCCAAGCCUCGGAGGAUAUGGCAGCCGUGCCUGAGCCCUGCCUCUCCUCUCUGAAAACCUUCCCUGGGUUUCAGAGAUGGGGGUAUGCACCCUUCCCCCCAGGGCACAUAAGCCAUGCUGUUUUUUGGAGGGCCCAGGUUGUUCUACCGUGUCACCCACUCAUUCACAUUGCGCAGCACCCUAUAGUCCCCGUCCUCCGCCCACCUUGGGCAGCCUGUCCCGGCCCCCAGCUCCCUGCUCAGGUCUUGGGCUGGGAGUCGCAGGGACCCCCUGUGCCCGUUUAACUUAGUUCUGUAGGUCAAGGGCUGCUCUGUACAGAUCCGAGCCUCGGAGGCUCCCCCUCUGUGCCUCUGGCCUCUCCGUUGGCGAGGGGGAGACCCAGCGAACAAGCGCUAGUCCUCCUUUGCCGCUCCCUCCCUGCGGGACUGGUCCUGCACUGUUUUGCCUUUUUGUCUUUCUUUUUUUCCCUUUCUCCUACCAGAUUUUUGGCGUCUUUGUCUUUUGAAGAGGACAGUGUUCUGUCAGAGUUCCGCAGGUGCUCUGGUUGGCUGAGUGGGUCCGUGGAUGUGAGUCUUGGUGUAUCUGUAGGAGAGGGUGAGCUAUGAGCGUCCUGCUACUCUGCCAUCUUGGCGUCUCCUUCUGCAGUGUCUUAAUUAGAUUCUUGAGCCCUCCAAGAGCCAAUUUUGUUUGAGGGUAGCUGUCUACUUUUUGUUAGUGGUGAAGGCUGGUGUCCUCUGCUGUUAUGCUGACAUCACUUUCCCAGAUCUGUUUUCUGGGUCUCUUGUGUGCCAGUUUGCUCAGGGACAGUGCAGGUCAUUUGUCCUGUUUUUCCUUUAGGAUUUGUAUCCUGCAUGCCCAUGUAGUUGCUCAACUAGAGCUUAUAAGGAGUCCUUUAUGCAUCCCAAAAUGGGCGUGACUCCAGGCAUGACAAGGUGGGCUCAAGUGGGGGCCUGGUUCUGGUGAAUGGCAGCCGGGGAGAGUGUGACAUCAGGGCUGUGUUCAGAUCAUAACAGGAAACUGUCUUUCUUCACCCAGAGUUUUGGUGCCAUUUCCAGUGGCCAUUCAUUAUUUCUACCUUUCCUUUUCCACUGGUAACACUUUGCUGAUUUCUCAUUUCCACUACUCUGUCACUCCUACUGUGAUUUCCAGCCCAGGGAUAAUCUCUGCCUCUCUGGGCUCCACAUCUCAUCCAUUUCUCUCACCACCUUUUUUGUAGAACUCUCCAAAAUUGGUCCACACAUGUUGUGCUAUAUGAUAUGUUCACAUUUCUCUAAAUUGAACCUCAAUAGCAGCUAGUAUGUUGCAGUGGGAUUUUAAUGGGCUUGGAUGCACACUUCUACCCAGUCUCACAUCAGCAGCAGAAAAGUUCCUGCCAGAAGCCAUUGGGAGAGAAGUUGCUGCUGUGGAGCAGGGGAUGCAGAGGCACCUUUUGAAUGGACAGUUCCUCUGGGAGGGUCACAGACCAGGACUCCCAAGGCAGCUUUGUCUUCCCAGAAGACCCAUCCCUGCGAGAUGUGUGGUCCAGUCUUGAGAGACAUUUUCCACUUGGCUGAGCACCAGGAAACACGACUCAGCCAGAAACUGUUGAGGUGUGGGGCGUGCGUGAAACAGUUUGAUUUUAGUGGAGACUUGCACCAGCACCAGGAGCAACACAUGGGAGAGAAAACCCUCAGAAGCGGCAUAGACAAGGCCUUGUUUGUGAAGAGCUGCAGAUUCCAUGUGUCGCAGAAGCCAUUUACUUGGGGGACGUUUGAAAAGGACUUCCCCGCCAUCGUGGGACAUCUACAGCAACAGGCCACUCAAAGUGUGGAGAAGCCAAACCCAAUCUCCCAGUGCGGGUCAACUUUACAAAGCCAGAAAAGUCAUCAUGCCUGGGGAGAGUGCAAGAAAACCCUCAGCCCCAAAGACACACUUGUUCAGGACCAGGGUGUCCACACCGAAAGACAGUGUUUUGUGUGCAGUGAAUGUGGGAAAGCAUUCAAGUACAAAUCCUCAUUUGUUGUGCACCAGAGAGUCCACCCUGCAAAAAGCCUUCAUGUGUGUGGCGAAUGUGGAAAAUCCUUUAGGCGAAGCUCAACCCUCAAUCAACAUCAAAAAAUUCACAAUGGGGCAAGGCAGUACAAGUGCAGCAAAUGCGGGAAAUCCUUAAAUCACAAAUCUGUGUUUAUUCAUCCCCACACAUGGCGCAGUGGAGAAAACAGUUACGUGUGUAGUGAAUGUUCAAAAUCUUGUAGCCGUAGCUCAGUGUUCAUUCCACAUAGGAGAGUUCACACUGAAGAAAGGCCUUACAAGUGUAGCGACUGUGUGAAAUCUUUUACUUCUUUGUCCGCGCUCAGUUAUCAUCAGAGAUCUCACACAGGAGAAAGACCUUAUGCAUGCAGUGACUGUGAGAAAUCUUUCAUCUCUAGCUCUGACCUCCGUUAUCAUCAGAGAGUUCAUUCUGGAGAAAGGCCUUAUGAAUGCAGUGACUGUGGGAAAUCUUUUAUCACUCGUACUGCUCUCCGUUAUCAUCACAGGGUUCACACUGGAGAGAGACCCUAUGGGUGUAACGAAUGUGGCAAGUCCUUUACCCGAAAAAACAACCUGAUUAUACACUUAAGAGUUCACUCAGGAGAACGGCCUUAUGAGUGCAGUGAAUGUGGGAAGUCUUUUACCUUUAGCUCCAGCCUUCGUUAUCAUCACAGAGUGCACACUGGAGAAAGACCUUAUGAGUGCGGUGAAUGUGGGAAAUCUUUUAACAACAGGUGGACACUCAUUCGGCACCAGAGAAUUCACACAGGAGAAAAGCCUUAUGUGUGCAAUAAAUGUGGGAAGUCUUUUUCCUGUAGCUCCACCCUCCAGUAUCAUGAGCGAGGUCAUCUUGGGGAAAGGCCUUACGGGUGCAGUGAAUGUGGGAGAUCUUUUACCACUAGCUCUGCCCUCCGCUAUCAUCAGAGAAUUCAUACCGGAGAAAGGCCUUAUGAGUGCAGUGAAUGUGGGAAAUCUUUUAUUUCUAGGUCUGACCUCCAUUAUCAUCAGAGGGUUCAUUCUGGAGAAAGACCUUUUGAGUGUAGUGAAUGUGGGAAGUCCUUUAUCCGAAGAAAUAACCUCAUUUUACACCAGAGAGUUCAUACAGGAGAAAGGCCUUACAAGUGUAAUGAAUGUGGGAAAUCUUUUAACAAUAGGUGGACACUUAUUCAACACCAGAGAGUUCACACAGGAGAAAAGCCUUAUGUGUGUGGUGAGUGUGGGAAAUCUUUUACCUCUAGCUCUACCCUCUGUUACCAUCAGAGAGUUCAUGCGGGAAAGAGACCGUAUGAGUGCAGUGACUGUGGGAAAUCUUUUACCUCCAGUUCCACCCUCCGAUAUCAUCAGAGAGUUCACACAGGAGAACGGCCUUAUGAGUGCGGUGAAUGUGGGAAGUCUUUUACCUUUAGUGCCAGCCUCCGUUAUCAUCACAGAGUGCACACUGGAGAAAGACCUUAUGAGUGCAAUGAAUGUGGGAAAUCCUUUAAGGAUAGAUCGCAAUUCAAUAAACACCGGAGAGCUCACACUGGAGAAAGGCCUUAUGAGUGUAGUGAAUGUGGGAAAUCUUUUAGCCAAAAAUCUUCCCUCUCAACACACCAGAGAAUUCACGAUAGAGAACGGUCUUAUGAGUGUAGUGCGUGUGGGAAAUCUUUUACCUCAAUCUCUGGACUUGGUUAUCAUCAAAGAGUUCACAGGGGAGAGAAACCUUACCAGUGCAAUGAAUGUGGGAAAUCUUUUACCAAUAGCUCUAUACUGAUUCGACACCAGAGAGUUCACACAGGGGAAAGGCCUUAUGUGUGCAAUGAGUGUGGGAAAUCUUUUACGAGUAGUGCCACCCUCUCUUACCAUCAAAGAGUUCAUGCAGGAAAAAGGCCUUAUGCGUGCAACAAAUGUGGGAAAUCUUUUACCUCCAGUUCCACCCUUCGUUAUCAUCAGAGAGUUCAUGCAGGAGAUAGGCCUUAUGAGUGCAGUGACUGUGGGAAAUCUUUUAUCUCUAGCUCCAAACUCCGUUACCACCAGAGAGUUCACACAGGAGAAAGGCCUUACGUGUGCAGUGAAUGUGGGAAAUCCUUCAGGGAUAGUUCCCAAUUUAGUCAACACAGGAGAGGCCACACUGGAGAAAGGCCUUAUGAGUGUAGAGAAUGUGGGAAAUUUUUUAUGCGAAAGUCUACCCUUUCUCAACAUCAGAGGCUUCACACUAGAGAAAGGCCUUAGAUGUACAGGAAAUGCGCAGUUUUCUUGUUCAGCGUAAGGCUGCCAGAGGAACUGAGGAGCUGUCUGAAUUGAAUCUCAUCCAGGUGAGCAUGCAGAGUGGGGAGGUUCUUGGUAAGUUUAAGUUACAUGGGAAGCAUCUGUGGCUAUGUUACACAUUCUAACCCAUCCAUGGCGCUUCUCUGUGGUCAAGGCCAUUUCACCUCUACUGCUGCACAAUGUGCAUCAGUCACCAAGCCAUUGUGCUCAGGGAAGCUGACCUCUCUUAUCCUGUGUAUUGGUUAAAUUAGGAGUCACUUGAGCCCUUAUGGUGUCAUCUUUCACUCGUCCUUGACUACCUUGGACAUGGACAUGGGUCAGUGUUUUCCCAGGGAAUGUCCUAAGUUCAGCUGACAGUUUGCAGAGAGUGACUACCUUUUCCAGGGAUGUGUUGGUCUCAUGUGAUACUAAUAAUGAGUGUUUCCGGUAAUGAACUGGAGAAUUGCCUGCUGCAGAUUUCUUUGGCUUGUACAAUAAUCAAGGCCUUACAAAUGCUUUAAGUCCUCUUUAAUCUUGGAUGUUAUUUACUCUGCAGGUAGUUUAUAGACAGAUUUGUGCUGUACAAGCAUAAAGGGGAGAAAAAAUUUAGGGGGUCUCAAAAAACUUCCAUGUCUGAGGAGGGACAGUAUGAUGGCAGUGACUUGCCAGUUUUGACCACAUUUGCCUUGCUGCCCAUAGCUGCCUAGGGAAGACAGCAGGGAUUUCUGGUCCCCACUUGAGGCCUGGAAGCUUUGCAUCUUAGGAAUCUCAGAGUUGACUGUGAGACACGAGCAGCUGUGAGAACCUCUAAGUGCUUCUAAGAGCAGCAUGAGUUUUUUUCUUUACUCAAAGGAAAGAUCACAGAAUAUUCCAGCACUGUUGAGGAUGUGCUCCCUAGGUCUACAGAGAGCUGUAUUUCCUGAUGUCCAUCACUGGGCUAGGGUCACUGGUUGUAAGACCAUUGGGUCCAGGGGAAGCCCUAACUGGUAUGGAAUCACUGGCUUAAUAACGAGAGGAGGAGACCAGCCAACAAGUGGAAUGCUCCUUUUCUAAAAGUACGUGCACAAAUGUCUGUGCGUAGAUGACUCUGCAGAUCAGUCUGUAUGCAAAUAUCAGUACCUCCUGGCAUGUUUAUCUUGUGUAGCUAAAGCCAUCAGAGAAAAUAAAAAUAAUUAAAAGGCUUUGUGGAUUCCUGUAGCCUCUCUGUAAUGUUCGCCUCAAGGCCUUAACUACACAGGCAGGAAGAAAGGUAGGGAGAAGGGGUUCUGUAGUCCACGGAUGUGGCUCUUGUGACCCAGACGGCAUUCCUUUGACUUCUGGUAAAAAUGUUCCUUAUUGCUCACUGUAUUUGCUGCCACUGAGGCAAAACUGACCCCUCUCUGCCCCAGGGCAUAAGGAGAGAGAUGGUGGAGUCAGUACAGGGUUGCCAAACCUAUUUUCCAAAAAGAAUGGGAUGUACAGAUCUUUAAGUCUUGAGCUAUGUUUUUUAAAGCUUUACUAAGGUAGAACUUACAUGUGCUAAACUGAAUAUAUUUAAAGUGUACAAUUUGAUAAGUUAACAGAGGUAAGAACCUCUGAAACCAUCAUCGUAGUCCUAAUAGUGACCAUGUCUGUCAUGGUACAUUUACCUCAUGUCCUAUUACAAUCUCCUUGCCUUUCUCACAUCUCCAAGUAACCAUUGAUUUACUUUCUCUUGUAAUAGAUACCUUGCAUUUUCUUGAAUUUAUAUGAUUGGAAUCAUACACUGUUCACUGUAUUUUUUUCAGUUUUCCUUUAUCAUAAUUACUUUGAGAUUCAUCAAUGAUAUAUAAAUACUACUUUUUUUUGGCUGAGUAAUAUUUUUGGAUAUGCUAUGAUUAGUUUAUUCAUUCAGUUUUAUAGGCAUUUGUCUUGUUUCUAGACUUUGACUACUGAAAAUAAAGCUGGUAUAAGCAUUGUUUUAGUUCUUUAUAUGAAUAUAUAUUUCUUUUAUCUUUUGUCAAUGUAAUAAUGUAUGAGUCACAAAUGUUUUACUUUUGAAGACACUAACAUUGUGAUCUAAAAUGAUUAUACCUUUUGCAUCUUACCAGUAAUGUAUGAGAGUUCCAUUUCUUCCACGUUCUACUGAAUAUUUGGUUUAUCAGUUGUUUUAAUUUUAGCUUUUUAAUUGAGGUUUUAGAGUUAUGUCACUUUUUGUUUUAAUUGAAUUUCUUUUUUUAACAUUUUUUAUUGAUUUAUAAUAAUUGAAUUUCUAUAAGGAUUCUUGAUGAGUAUUUUUUCAGAUGUUCAUUUGCUAUCUGUGUUAUCUUCAUUAAAAUGUCUGCUCAUCUUUUUCUUAUUCUUUAUUGGCCUUUGCCUAUUUUCCUUUAACAAAUAGGACAGUGAAACAACGAAGAUGUAUGUUGGAAUUUCACUUAUUUUUUAAUAAUGUGAGUGGCUUUGCUUUAUGGAAUAACUUUUUAAUACUGAAGAAUUUUCUAACAUAAGAAAAAAUUUUUGUGCUACUCACAGUGGAAUGGAUUCUUCUGCCAUACCCUUUUAAAAUUUAAUCUCCAUUGUUGAUGUGUUCUCCAUCACAUUCUUAAGUUCCAUCAUUAAGGAAUACAAUAAAGCCUUGCUUUGUAGUGGUUACCCAUUUUCCCGGUUUAUCACCAUGGAAAUUGGUGGGUUGGAGCAGAUGAGGACAAGAUUUUAUCAGGAUGGAUUGGGCUUUACUCUGAGUCCCAAAGCCUGGCUAGGAGGGAAUGAAGAGGUCAGUGGUAAGACCACAAGUCCUGGUCCGGGCUGCCUGGGGUUAAGUUCUGGAUCCAUGACCAGUGCAAGGACCUUCCUCGCCAGGUCUCAGUUUCCUCCUGUGUAAGUAGGGAGUGGGGGUUAGGAACUGCCCUGCCCGCUGGUUCACUGGAAGAUGUGAAGAGCUGAGGUGUCCACUCCUCUGUGGCUCUUACUGUGAGUGACAUCCUGGGGCCAGGAAUCUUUAGCUCCCACAGAUGUCCCCAGACCCUAGAACCCCCAGGUGCAUGUCAGAAGUAAAUGGGGCUUCUCACAACCCUCUGAUUUGGGUCAGUUCCCACGGGCCUGUCUGUAGGGAGGAGGGAGCUGCAGGGUCCUGAGCGCUUGGUGUGGAUUCCCUGCUGAGAAAUACCUGAGCAACUUGCUAGAGCUUCCUGAGGCUCAGCUUGCUGACUGUGGUUGCAGAGGUGUUCACUUCGCCCCCUGGGAGGAUCAAUGAAAGUAACAAAACACUGAACACUUACUUACGCCAGAAUUCCAGGGUUUGUAUUUGAGCUUGUAUGUGACCUACUUAUUUAAACUUCUAAAAUGUGAACUAUUUCCAUAACUUUUCCUUUUCACAAUUGUCUUAUUGUACUUAACUAUAAUUUAUUGGUAUUUUUAUUGUAUUAGUAAUAUCCUAGUUUUGUUAAGUUUUAUGGAGUGCCAUGUAUUAAUAUAAAUGCCAUGUAAAUACACUACAAAAUUUUACUCAA